UAGGUAAUGGGCCCCAUCAUGAUCGAAGUUGUGUUUAUGACCAGAGCAACAUAGUAGAUGGAGUUUACUGCCUCCCAGUAGCACACUGGAUUGAAGUCUCUGGACAUACUGAUGAGAUGAAACAUACAACUGACUUCUAUUUUAAUAUUGCAGGACAUCAAGCUAUCCAUUACUCCAGAAUUCUGCCAAACAUCUGGCUGGGAAGUUGCCCUCGGCAGCUGGAGCAUGUGACUGUCAAGCUGAAGCAUGAGCUGGGUGUUACAGCUGUGAUGAACUUCCAGACCGAAUGGGACAUUGUUCAGAAUUCCUGGGGCUGCAACCGCUACCCGGAACCCAUGAGCCCUGAAAUCCUCAUGAAACUGUAUAAAGAGGAAGGUCUUGCCUAUGUCUGGAUGCCAACCCCGGACAUGAGCACUGAAGGAAGAAUACAGAUGUUGCCACAAGCUGUCUGCCUCUUGCACGGGCUACUGGAGAAUGGACACACUGUCUAUGUUCAUUGCAACGCUGGUGUUGGCAGGUCUACAGCUGCUGUCAGUGGCUGGCUGAAGUAUGUGAUGGGAUGGAGCCUGCGGAAAGUGCAGUACUUUUUGGUUUCCAGGAGGCCAGCUGUCUACAUUGACGAGGAAGCUCUGAUUCGUGCUGAAGAUGAUUUCUACCAGAAAUUUGGGCAUCUUCGUUCCUCAUGCAAAGUACAAGAGUAGAAAAGCAGAAGAGGAGAAAGGUGUAUUUGAACCCCAAGGACUUAGAAAUCAUGAGUCAGAGUCCUGCCUCUCCUCUUCAAAUUAUAAGCUUGUCACAGAAGUUGUGAGAAUUUUGUUUAAAAGUGCCUUUGAGGGUUUUUUACUUGCUUUCUUUAAGCUGAUAUGAUUCAUGUUUUCAAGCCUUUUUCUGCAAGUAUGAGACCUAGAAACUCUGCAAAGGGAAACUAAGAUUUUCUUUUAACUACUUGCCUAUAGGAGCUGAGGUUUUAGGGUAGACAUUAAGACGUGAUGUGAAAUAGUUGGCAAUAUUUCAGUGGCAAGAAAGAGAAGACAUUCUCAGAAAAACAGAUACAAAGCUUGACUGGGUUAAGGUGUUCAAGUUAGGAUGGAGUUGAUCAUCAAAGCUGCUCAGUUAUUUUAGGUGGAGUGUACAUUACUGAAGUGUUUUCUAGUAGUUUUGUAGACAAGUGGUAUUAAUGAGAAAGACCAGAAGGUCUGAUUUUUCAACUCAGUUUCUUAAACAAAAAGCUAAUGUCUAAUGCAGUGAACUAAAAUUUGCUCUCUUUACUUAUGUAGUUAAUGUUGAAUCUUAUG